AAAUUAGAUAAAAAGUCAGCUAUCUUUCCACACUUUGUAGCAAGAAAGAAACCCGAUUUUACUUGUCACAGACCAAAAAAAUGAAAUCGAUCGUUUUCCAAUUUGCUCUGGUUCUUCUCUUCUCCAUCUCAUGCCACUCUUGGGCGUUCAGUACAGGUGGUAAAGCAGGAGACGAGAAGCCACACCCUGCCGAAGUCGUCGCUAGUAGUCCUAGCAGCAGUGGCGGUCCAAGCUCAACGGAGAGUCCAUCAGGAGCAACAGGCUCGGGUCAUGGCUCAAACUGGGACUACAACUGGGGAUGGGGUUCCAGCCCUGGAGCUGGAUGGGGUUAUGGCUCUGGUUCAGGGCGUUCGCCCAAUGGGUUUGGCAGGGGUUCCGGCUUUGGUUGGGGUUCAGGCAGCGGUUCAGGAUCUGGAUACGGCUAUGGUUUCGGUGGAGGCGGUGCCGUUGGAGGUGGAGGUGGAUAUGGUUCUGGCGCUGGAGGUGGUGCCGGUGGCCAUGCAACAGGUAGCGACAGCUCAGGGGCUUCUGAGGUUCGAUCGCCAUCUACUUCUAGGCAAAAAAACACCCAUGCGUAAAGAAAUCGUUCUGGGGUCUGCGUCUACAAAUUUCUCCAGGACCAUAAUGGUUCAAUUGUGUGUGUGUGUAAUGCAUCUACGGUGUGAGAACUGUAUUCACGUGCAACGGUCUGUCUGCAUCCUUUGUGCUCAAGUGACUGUCUUAAUAGUGUGAACUAUCGGUGUUAAAGAUUAUCUACAUAUUUGUCUGAAUUCUUCCCUCUC